AUGGCAGAAGAACCGGAACCCGUCAUUGCUGGACCGUACGCUCUAUUCGACGGGUCGUUCAUUCUAGAGUUUCUGAAACCGAAACCUUCGAGGGAUGCAUCUGUCCUGAUGCGCGCUACGUACAAACACGACCAUCCGAUGUGCAAACUCGGCAAAGGUCACGGCCAGUCACCCCCUCUACACAUUCACUUCAAACAAUUCGAAUCCUUCAGCGUCCUCAGCGGCUCCGUCGGCACGACGACAACGUACUCUCUCGUCGACACUAUCCACACACCCUCGGACACGGGCGAGGACAAGCCUCACGUCAUACGCCCCUGGAUGCCUCAUCGCUUCUGGCCCGAUCCGGACGCACAGCAGGACGCGACGUUCUUGGUGUGGGCGCAUCCGAACUCGGACGACGUGGGCGACAGUAAGAUGGACCGGCUGUUUUUCCAGAACCUGUUGAUGUACGUCAGCGACGUGGUCGAGGGGAAGGAGCGGCUGAGCAUUUUGCAGGUCAUGCUUACUCAGUAUGUUUUUUUUUCCCGCAAACCACCCUGA